CUUCUCUUUUCUGCCUUUCUGGCUGUGGCUGUGAAGUUAGGUUAGGUUGGUGAUAUCGAAUGCAAAGCCUGCCGGCAUAUUUUGCGAAAAUUCACUUGGAUUAAUUGCGUUUAUGGUGUUGUCCCAGUGGUACAUUACUGCCGAAUCGUAUUUCGUUCAUAGUUAAGAAUGGGUAAAGCCAAGAAGGGCAAGACUUUGGGUAAAGAAGAAGAAAUCAGCGAUGAUGAAGUGGAAAUUCAAGUCUCAGAAGAUAAGCCAUCUCAAUCAUCUAAAAAGUCUAAAGCUGAGAAAAAUGUUGACACUGAAGAUGAAGAACAGCCCAAAUCAAGAGGAAAGGAAAGGAAGAAGAAGAGUAAGAAGGUAGCUGAAUCUGACAAUGAUGCUGAAAGUGAUGAUGAGGAUUCAAAGCCGGCAAAGAAAAAAGACAAAAAGAAGAAAGGCAAGGCUGCUGAAAGUGACAGUGAAGAAGAUGAAAGUGAUGUUGCAAAGAAGGCUAAAUCCAAGAAGGGCAAAAAGGCCAAGAAUGACAGUGAUGAUGAAAGUGAGGGUGUGAGCACAAAGGCUGACAAGAAGAGUAAGAAGAAGAAGAAAAAGGGAGGGGAUUCUAGUGAUGAAGAGGUUGGAGCUGUAAAAUCCAGCUUUGCUCUGUUGUCAGUUGAGGAUGACGAUUCUGGUGGAGAGAGUCCUCCCCCUCAACCUGAGACAGAUUCUGAACCUGAGGAGGUGAGCACAAAGGGUAAAGGCAAGAAGGGUAACAAACCUACUCCUGCAUCACAGGGUGGGAAGAAGAAAAAGAAGAAGGGUGGUGAUGAUGACGAUGAAGACCUGGACGCAAUGCUUGCUGAGCUUGCCUUGGAAUAUGCAGGAGUCAAGAAGGAGGAUGCAGGUGAGGAGGAGGGAGGGAAGAAAAAGAAGAAAAAAGGGAAGGGUGCUGAUGAAGGACAAGAUGAUGAAGAAGCCGACAAGAAGUCUAAAAAGAAGGGGAAAAAAACUGAGGAAGAUGGUUUAGAGGAUGGUGGUGAUGAUGAAGAAGGUGGAACAGUGAAGACUGCUGCUCAGAAAAAGAAAGAGAAAAAGGAAAGGCAGAAGCAAGAAAAGAAGGAAGGAAAAGUAACAGAGGACCCUAAACCUAAGACUGAGAAGAAACCAGAAAAGAAGGCUCCACCUCCUGUUGAGGAAGUGAAUGAAGCUGAAGAUGGGGAUGACAAGAAGAAGAAGAAAAAGAAGGGAAAUGACAAAGACGAUGAUAAAGGUGAUAAGGGUAAAAAGGGACCUGCAAAGAAAACAAUUGCUGCUAUGCAGGAAGCUCUGAAGAAAAUACGUGAAGAAGAAGAACGAAUGGCAAAGGAAGAGGAGGAGCGGAUACAGCGAAUUGAAGCCGCUGAAGAGGCCAAGAGAGAGGCAGCAAAAUUAGAGCAGGAGCGCAAGGAUAAGAAAAAACUGAAGGAAAAGGAACGCAAGGAGCGCUUGAAGGCUGAAGGCAAACUUUUAACUCCGAAACAGAAGGCAGAACGAGCCCGUGCUCAGGCACUUUUGGAGGCUCGUAAAGCCCAAGGCCUUGAUUUGCCAAAUGUAGGAGAAAAGAAACCUGUUAGACCAGGCACUAGGGUAAGGCCUUCAAAGGUCAAGUCUCAAACAAGUCAGGAUAAAGAUGAUUCUGUUCAGAAACCUGACACCCAAUCAGAAACCAUUCAGGUAGAAAUUGUUGACAAAAAGGAAGAGAAGCCUAAAGAACCUGAAGAUGAUGUUAAAGAUUCUUGGGAUGCUGAGUCAUCAGAGGAGGAAGAAAAAACUGAGACUGAAACUCCAGCGCCUGCACCAGCCAAGGGAGGAAAGAAGGUAGCCGAAGAAUCUUCUGAAGAUGAGUCGUCAGAUGAAGAGAGUGAAAGUGACUCAGAAGAAGAGAGCAGCGACAGUGAGGAGAGUGACAGUGACACUGGUAGAACUGAUGCUGAACGAAAACGUGAAAAGGCUUUGUCAAGAAUACAGAAACGCCGGGAAGAGGCAGAAAAGAACAGAACAGUUAAAAAUCUUAGAGCUGCAGUUGUGUGUGUCCUUGGACAUGUUGAUACUGGUAAAACAAAGAUCUUAGAUAAACUUAGAAGAACUAACGUCCAGGAUGGUGAGGCUGGCGGUAUUACCCAACAAAUUGGUGCUACUAAUGUCCCAAUUGAUGCAAUUAAAGAGCAAGUUAAAAUAGUUAAAGACUUUGAUGAAAAUGAUUUAAGAAUUCCAGGGCUUCUGAUUAUUGAUACACCUGGUCACGAAUCUUUCUCAAAUUUGAGGAAUCGUGGUUCAUCACUCUGUGAUAUUGCCAUUUUAGUUGUUGAUAUUAUGCACGCACUUGAGCCGCAAACAAUUGAAUCAAUAAAUCUUCUUAAAACUAAGAAAACGCCAUUUGUAGUUGCUCUUAACAAAAUUGACAGAUUAUAUGACUGGCAGACUAUGAACCGUAAGGAUGUUCGUGAUAUUAUAAAGGGUCAGCAAGCCAACACUCAACUUGAAUUUGAGCAACGAACUAAAGAAGUUAUUUUACAAUUUGCUGAACAGGGUCUCAACGCAGCAUUAUUUUAUGAAAAUCCUGAUCCUAGGAGUUAUGUUUCUCUUGUGCCCACUAGUGCUAUCACUGGUGAAGGUAUGGGAAAUAUUUUGGCGCUCAUUGUUGAUAACUGUCAGAAUCUCCUUGCCAAACGGCUCAUGUAUUCAGAUGACUUGCAGGCCACAGUUCUGGAAGUAAAGGCAAUCCCUGGUUUAGGAACAACAAUAGAUUGUAUCUUAGUGAAUGGUAAACUUAGGGAAGGAGAUACAAUGAUAGUGGCUGGUACAGAUGGGCCAGUUGUCACUCAGAUCCGAUCUUUACUGAUGCCUCAGCCUAUGAAAGAACUACGUGUUAAGAAUGCUUAUGUGGAGUACAAAGAGAUAAAGGCAGCUCAAGGUGUAAAAAUUGCUGCUAAAGAGUUAGAAAAAGCUAUUGCUGGUCUUAAUCUUCAAGUUGCCCAAAACCCUGAUGAAGUUGAAAUUCUUAAAGAGGAAGUUGCAAGAGAUUUGAAGUCUGCUCUCAGUCAUGUUAGACUAGCUGAGCGUGGGGUCUAUGUUCAGGCUUCCACACUUGGAUCACUUGAGGCAUUGUUAGAAUUUUUGAAAUCAUCAAAGAUUCCUUAUGCAAAUAUUCGUAUUGGUCCAGUUGUGAGAAAGGAUGUUAUGAAAGCAUCUAUUAUGUUGGAGCAUGAUAGCCAGUUUGCAACAAUCCUAGCCUUUGAUGUGAAGGUUGAGAGGGAUGCUCAAGAACUCGCAGACAGUACUGGGGUUAAAAUAUUCCAGGCAGAUAUCAUCUAUCAUUUAUUUGAUAAAUUUAUGGCAUACAGGGAAGAAUUAAAACAGCGCAAGAGAGAUGAAUUUAAGCACAUUGCUGUAUUCCCAUGCAAACUCCGUGUUCUACCUCAGUUUGUUUUCAAUUCUCGUGAUCCCAUUGUAUGUGGUGUAAUGGUUGAGGCUGGUAUUGUUAGAGAGGGAACACCAAUUUGUGUACCUAGUAAAGAGUUUGUUGAGGUUGGUAUUGUCACUAGUGUUGAAAGUAAUCACAAACCAGUUGAAAGUGCUCGCAAAGGAAUGGAGGUGUGUAUUAAGAUUGAGCCUGUACCGGGUGAAGCACCAAAAAUGUUUGGAAGACAUUUUGAUGAAACUGAUAUGCUGGUCAGCAAGAUAAGCAGACAAUCUAUUGAUGCUUGCAAAGACUACUUCCGUGACGAUCUAAAUAAGCAAGACUGGCAACUUAUGGUAGAAUUGAAGAAAACCUUUGAAAUUCUUUAGGAACAGAAGAAAAGGGUGCUGGCAUCCUGGUUUGUCCAGAUUAUAUUCGCUCACUUGUGUGCUUUACCUGCAUAUGUAUUGCAAGAUGCAACUGUGACCAAUGAAAAGACUAAAUGGAAAACUUUUUUUUCUUUUUAGAAAGAUGAUGAAGGGAAACGGUGUUGACAUUAUUUAUUGGUGCUUAUUAGCACCCUGGAUAUACUUUGUGUACUCCAAUAAUUUCCUUACAAAAUGUGAUAUGGAAGGCAGUGUUUUUACUACAUCACUUUCUUCAGCUCUUCCAUGCAAUUUGCUCCUUGUUUUACUUAACCUGGUACUCACAAUGCACAAUGAUCCAUUGGAAUAUUCUUUCACUUCAUGAACAUUAAUGUGCAUAUUUAAAGAUCAAUGUAUAAAUUCUCUUGUCUCAAAGUCAAUGUGACUCAGCCUGUGGAAAAUGUGAUAGAACUCAAUGACUCUGGCCACAAUACUUUUAAAUCACUUGUACCUCAAUCAUUAGAUAUAUGUAUCAAUAUAGAAAGUAAGAUUUCUAAGGUUCUACUUAAUCUGCUCGGGGUACAGUUAUUUCUUGGCAUUUUUUUCCCCCCCCCCCCCCUCCUCCCCCUUUAAAAAAAACUUAUUAUUUUUGGUGUGUCAUUGAUCUGUUUUGGUGUAGGAAUUUCAAACCUUCCUAUCGUGUAUUUUAAACAUUUGAAUUCUUGAAAUGUAUCAGUUAAUGUUACCCUAGGCUUUUAUUCAGAUGAAUGAUUGAAGACCAUUUUUUAUAGAUUUUUAAGAAACAAACAGUAUCAGUACGUUAUGAGUAGAGCAUUGUGGUUUCAAGUAAUUCUCAUUAUUUACUUUGAGUGGAAAGUUUGUGAAUUUCUUCUUCCCUCAGUUCAUGUAUGUGAGUGAAUAUAUUCAUGGCAGACUCAGGUUGCUAUGAUCUAUUGCUUUAGCAUUGUUAUUUUAUUCUAGAAUAUUGGAUUCUAUACCUUUUCAUUCAAAUUGGAUAAAAUUGUCAAAUCUAUUAUUUAAAACAUAUUAAGACUGGUGAGUGCAAAUUAAUGCCCUAACUUUCUCAAUUUAGAAAAUUCUUGUUACCCUGUUGCAGCAAAGUCACAGUAUACAAAUCAUCAUCAUAAAAUCUCUUAUGCAUUACUAUCUUAAAAAAUUGUAUUAAAUUAAUUGUUUUUGCACAAGUAAUUUUUUGUAGUUUGUUUCAUGAUCACUGUGCCUUUGUAAUGAGGAUGUUUUCUAUCUGUGCUGUGCAUCAUUACAAAUAAACUCCAUCCCCCAAAGUUUUCUAAA